AUGGGAGCAAAUGAUAUCACAUUGUUAAAAAUGUUACUUUAUCGAUUUUUUUAUAAAUUAAAAGAGGCUGAAGAUAAAAUAAAGGUUUAUGCACAAGUUGGCAUUACGGAUAUUUAUAAUGUUAAAAGUUUUAAUAUAAAUGAGGAUAAGUAUGAUGGUAGCAGUAUUAUAAAUCCUAAGAAAUUGGAAAAAUAUUUAGUUGAUUCUACGGGUAAUUAUGUUUAUGUUUACAAAAAAAACAAAGAAAAAAAUACACCAGCAAACGACAGUCCGGUAUUAGAAAAUGCAGUAGCAACAAGUAGUUCAAAGGUUUAUGAUGAGGAUGAGAUUAUUGAAUUAGAUAAUUUUACAGGUCCAAGUCCAAAAAAUGCAAAAAAAAAUAAAGAAGCAAAUACCAAGAAAUUCAAGUCUAAGCAAUAUUACUACGUUAUGCCUGUUCAAGAAUCCAUGUACUUUGUUGAACUUGAAUUUGAUGAAAGUGAAGUCAAGAAAGAAAAGAAUUCAGACGAGAAUAAAUACAAGUAUAUAAAGAAAGAAUACGUCGAAACUAGAAAAAAAUACAAUUAUAUAAUGAAAAAAGAAAAUGAGAAAACAAAGGAUAAAGAAACUAAAGAGCACAACGAAAUAAAGAAAAAAUAUGAAGAAAUAAAGAGCAAUUAUGAUAAAAUAAAGGAGGAUGAAAAGGAGAAUGAAAAGGUGAAUGAAAAGGUGAAUGAAAAGGUGAAUGAAAAGGAGAAUGAAAAGGAGAAGCAUGGACACGAGGUGGUGGAUGGUGGACUAGAAAAAGGGAGUGAUGAAAAGAAGAAGAUAGAAAUUGAGUACGAGGAAAAAAAGAAUGCAUGCAAGGAAAAGUGGAAUGAAUAUGUGGAAAAAAAUAAAGAAUACGAGGAAAUAAAUGACGAAUACGAGAAAAUAAAUGACGAAUCUGAAAAAAUAAAAGAAGACGAAAAGACCAAGGAAAAAGAAGAGAGUGGAAAUGUGGCAAAGACUGAAUAUGAAAAUAUAAAAAAAAAAUACGAGGAAAGUCAGAAAGGAAUUGGUGGAGAAUAUGAAAAUAAAAAGAAAGAAUACAAUGAAAUAAAGGAUAAAAACGAAAAUUUAGAAGAAGGGGAUGAAAAGGAGAUGAAAAGUGACUUCGAGAAAAAAAAGAAAGAAUACAAGGAAAUAAUGGAUGAAUACAAGAAAAUAAAGAAAUAUGAAAUGAAAGGUGCAUUUGAUAAGUACGAUCAGGCAAAGAAAGAUUACGAUAAUGCAAUGAAAAAGGAUAAAUGGGCAGACAAGAAUAAGUACAGUGAAAAAAAAGAGGAAUACGAGUACGAAAAAAUAGAGAAUGAAUACAAGGAAAAGAAGAGAGCAUAUGAGGAGGUAAUGAGGAAAAAGGAUAAAGCAAUAAAAAAAAUCAGGGAUGAAAAGGAGAAGGUAAUGAGGGAAAAGAAUAAAGCAAUAACAAAAAUCGGGGAUGAAAAGGAGAAAAACGGGGAUGAAAAGGAUAAAGCUCAUGACGAAAAUCAAAUUGCGGAUGAUAUACAAAAAGAUGUGGAAGAUUAUCUGAAUAAAAAUAAGAAAACAAUUUCUAAAGUAGAGAAAGAAUAUGAGAAAAUAUUGGUAAAAUACAUGGACGAAAAGGAGAAAAAAUUAGAGACUGAGACAAGGAAAAAAUACCAAAAAGCAAAAGCUAAAUACACAAAUGAUAAGAAAAAAGAAAUAACGGAUAAAUACCAAAAUAAAAAAGUGAAGGAAGAAUACAAGCAAGCAAUUAAAGAUACCGAAACUUACUACAAAAAUAAAUUGGAGGAAUGCGAGAAAGAAAAGGAAAAAAUUAAUGAAUACCGUAGUGCGGAUUGGGAAAAGUAUUACGAACAAUUGGAGAUAAUAAACAAAGAGUGCAAUAGAAUAGAGAAUGAAGGCAAGGAAAACAUGGCUAUAAUCAUUUACGAGAUAAGAAAGAUUGAAUAUGAGGAAAUAAAGAGAGACCAUUAUUAUUUCACUGAUGAAAAGGAAGACAGUAAUCUACUGAAAAAUUAUAAAAUAGCAUACCACACGAAAGAGGCAGAAUACAAGGAAGCUAAGGAAAAAUACAUGAAAGUAAAGUGGGGUGUAGUUCAAAAAUACGAUGAUGUAAGGAGUGAAUAUGAGAAAGCAAAAGAAGAAAAAAAUAAAAAAAUGACAAAAGAAAAGAAGGAAAGAAUCAGGAAAAUCAAGGAAGAAAUCAAGAAAGAAAUUGAGAAAAUCAGAGAUGAAAUAGGUUGUGAUGGAAUUGCAUUUCACGAUUAUGCCGGUGGAAGAUUCGAAAAACAAAAAGAAAUCUCCAGAUUCAAACCAGACGACCUUGAAAAAGGACUUCCUCCUCCCCAUAUUGAUUCUAUUAGGGAAAGCCCUUCAAAAAACCCUUCAAAAAAGGAGGAAUCGAAAAAAACCCCAAUUGAGGAGGACAAUGAACUGAAGAAAGUGCAUAUUAAAGAGGAAUCGGAGGAGCUAGAGCGAAAAUGGGAGGAACAGGAAUUGUCGAAUUUGGUGAAACAUGAACUUAAUAUACUGAGACUAGAAAGACAAAAACUGAUGGAGCCGGUACAAGAAAAUAUAGCACCAAAUUACUUACAAUCUGAGGGUUGGUUUGAGAAAAAACUCAAUGAAAUAAUAAAUUCCUAA